AAGAUGGUUCGAAUUCGUUACAAGACUUCUUCGUUGGAAUGCAAUCAUCAACGUGGCUUACCACCCGAACCUUCUAUCUUAUCUCUGAUAAUUCUUGAUCCUACGUUCGCCGGAAAUUUUGUGGAGGCAGAGGGGCAAGUCUCCGGCUACAAUGGCGAGGGACUUGCCGAUGGGCCCUCAGCUGGAAUAGUGACAUCAAGCGAGAAUUUCCGAGCCCUUGCUGUAGGGGUAGUAACCGCUUACUCUGCACGAACACUCAGCUAAGGAGUGUUCAUUGAUUGAAAAUAAGAGGUUCAAAGUAUAGGGGCCCUCACUGCUCAGGGAGUCUCACAAAGAAAAUGAUCUCACUCCAGCUCCUUCAAGCCGCCCCACAGCAUAUAAGCUCGCCCAGUUCGCACCUUUCACCAUUGCUCGGUCUCGUGUCAUGCUCUUCCAUGUCUCAGCUCAAGCAGUAUCACUCCCAACUCAUACGACUCGGCCUCUCGGCCGAUAACGAUGCUAUGGGCAGAGUUGUCAGGUUCUGUGCUAUCUCCAAAAAUGGUGAUCUGCGUUAUGCUCUACAAGUUUUUGAUACAAUUCCUCAGCCAGAUACCUUCAUUUACAAUACCAUAAUGAGAGGUUACUUGCAAUGUCAACUCCCCAGAAACUGCGUUCUCUUGUACUCGCAGAUGUUGCACGAAUCUGUUACACCCAAUGGAUUUACCCUCCCUACUGUUAUAAGAGCUUGUAGCGACGAUAAUGCUAUUGAAGAGGGGAAACAAGUACAUGCCCAUGUUGUAAAAUUCGGGUUUGAAGCAGAUGUUUAUUCUCAAAAUAAUUUGAUUUAUAUGUACGUGACUUUUCAGUCUUUGGAGAAAGCAAGAAUGGUCUUUGAUAAGAUGCUUGUGCGGAAUGUUGUGUCUUGGACCAGUUUAAUUAGUGGGUACUCACGGUGGGGGUUUGUUGACAAGGCUUUUGAAGUUUUUAAGCUCAUGCCAGAGAGGAAUUCUGUUUCUUGGAAUGCCAUGAUUGCAGCCCAUGUUCAGAGCUAUCGUUUCCAUGAGGCAUUUGCUUUGUUUGACAGGAUGCGAGCUGAAAAGGUGGUAUUGGAUAAGUUUGUGGCGGCUAGUAUGUUGUCAGCUUGUACAGGUUUAGGAGCUUUAGAGCAAGGGAAGUGGAUACAUGGGUAUAUCGACAAAAGUGGAAUUGAAUUGGACUCAAAGCUUGCAGCAACUAUUAUUGACAUGUACUGUAAGUGUGGUUGCUUGGGGACAGCUUUUGAGGUUUUCAAUGGGUUACCCCACAAGGGAAUAUCUUCAUGGAAUUGCAUGAUUGGUGGUCUAGCAAUAAAUGGGAAAGGAGAGUCUGCCAUUCAGCUCUUUAAAGAGAUGGAGAGGCAGAUGGUAGCUCCUGAUAACAUCACUUUCGUGCACCUCCUCAGUGCAUGUGCUCAUUCGGGGUUAGUUGAGGAAGGGCGUCAUUACUUCCAUCAUAUGGUUGAAGUACAUGGUAUUGAACCCAAAAGAGAACAUUUUGGAUGCAUGGUUGAUAUUCUUGGAAGAGCUGGAAUGCUGGAGGAAGCAAGAAAGCUUAUCAAUGAUAUGCCCAUGAGCCCUGACGCAAGUGUCCUGGGUGCUCUUUUUGGAGCUUGUAAAAUUCAUGGAAACGUUAAGUUGGGAGAGGAAGUGGGGAAGAGAGUAAUUGAACUAGAGUCCAAUAACAGUGGGCGCUAUGUGUUAUUAGCCAACCUAUAUGCCAAUGCUGGUAGAUGGGAAGAUGUGGCCAAUGUGAGGAAACUGAUGAAUGACAGGGGAGUGAAGAAAGUUCCUGGUGUUUCCAUGAUCGAAUUGGAGGGUGUCCUCAAUGAAUUCAUAGCAGGGGAAAGUGCUCAUCCUCAAGCUGCAGAGAUUUAUGCCAAGGUAGACGAGAUGUUGGAGCGUAUAAGAUUUGUCAGCUAUGUACCUAACACAGAUGGAGUAUCUUGUUUUGAUAUUGAGGAGGAGGAAAAGGAGAAGCCCCUGUACUACCACAGUGAAAAACUGGCAAUUGCCUUUGGCCUGUUAAAGACUAAACCAGGAGAGACUCUUCGUAUCACAAAGAAUCUGCGAGUCUGUAAAGAUUGUCACAAUGUAACUAAGCUCAUCUCAAAGGUUUAUGAUCGCCAAAUAAUCGUCAGGGAUCGCAAUCGCUUCCACCAUUUUAGAAUGGGAGAGUGUUCUUGUAAAGAUUACUGGUAAACCCAUGUGUGCAUCUUUUGUUUUGCCUGAAUGGACAGGCAAUCAUGUUGGUUGUCCUUAAAACUCAUCAAAAAGGGAUUGCUAAUACAUACUAUAAGUAUUUAUACGUGCUCUACUUGGUUUCUUAGAAGAUUUAAUUAGCAAACCUCUUCAUUGCUUAUUGAGGUUCCCACAAAGCUCUAAGAAAAGAGCUAUCUAUGGUUUGGAUUGUUUGAGUUGGUUAUUGGGUGAAUCUUAUAUUUGUUAUGAGCUACUUGUGGAAGUGGGGUACACUAAACAGGUCACAGGUACCAAAAUUGUGACUGAUAACUACUCAUCUCUGUUGACACCAUCUGCAUGAGGGCACUUCAGAUGGUAACUAGUCUUCUGGCUCUCUCUAUAUGCUCAAAAGUUGGCACGUCUGCAACUAAAUAUAUGUGGUUUGAAAAAGUGAAGCGGGAUGUGAGAAUGACUGAAAGCCAGCUAGUGAUUGGGCUUUCAUGGGAACAGAAGCUGCCAACUUUGUCAUUAGGAACGCAUGGGUCUGUUUACUGAUCAACAAGGAAAAAAACAAGCCCCAUAAUGAGUCUCUGAGCAAAUCCCAAAACCACUGAAGCGACUGCACUUUUGGAGAUCCCAAUCCGAGCUCGUUGAUGGACUCUUCGUCCCUCCGAAUGACCCAAGAAAGUUAAACAAGUUGAUGAGAAAGCAACUCAAAGAUACUGCCGGCAAGAGUUGGUAUGUCAGUGUUUCAACGAGAUUAUAUGUUAGCGUUUUUUUCAUUUGAUACGAUCGGUUGCAGGGAAAGUGGAAGAAAGGAAACAUUGAAAUUGUGCGGAAUUCUCUGUUUAUGGUUUCAAGCUGUUGAGUUUCUGUCUUCAACUGACUCGGAUAGUUUUAGGCGUAAACGAGAGGAGGAAAUUUCUUUUGGUACUCAACUAUCAACAUUCUUGAAGAAGUAUCGUUUUUCCUCCCCCUAAAACUCAGCGACCAAACAGAGCCAAACCAUAGGUUUGUUGACAUAGAUUUUCUGUGGCACUUCUAAUUUUGCCAGAUUAUUCUCUAACACUUAUGGGUUUGCAUUGCUGUGAGUUGCUUGCUCAACGAUUCAACCUCAUGUGCUUUUGGGAUGUGCCAUUUUUGUAAAUUUAGGCCCUAUAGUUGUGUUAUUAAAUGUAAUCUUCUGCAUGAGGUGGUUCACUUCAGAUAAAUUGGAAACUGCCAGAGAGAUUAUGUAGAAGGUUGGGCACUUCAUGUAAUGAUCCCGACCUAUGCUUUAGGGAUUGAUUGGAUUCAUAUUGAGCAUUAUAAAAUUUCUGCUUACUAUGUGUUGAAUGUAAAAUGUGUUAUUGGCCCUAUGUUAAAUAAAUAACCAACUGAAACUGAAAGUGAAAAUUGAUUGAUAUUUCCACAACAUAAAUAGAACUGAAAUUGGUAAUAGUAAUGACUUUACGGCAGUGGUGUUUGUUCAAGCUGUCAAUGACUCUGAUAUGCACCUCUUUUUUCUUUUCCUUAUUUUUGGAAAAAAAAAAACCUAUGAUUUGCAUACUCUUGCUUAUCUGCAUAUCUUUUUGUGACCUUGCACACAACCUCUUGGGUGAUAAAUUUACCCUGCACCAUCAAAAUUAGUUUCCAUGACCAUGUGUAAGAAGAGCACAUGUAGUUUGGACAACAAUCUUUGUUUGUAUUUGAUUUAUUUUUUCGAAUAGCCAGAAUAUCUUAUCAACUGAAUGAUUUUAAUUUUCGCAUGUUGUCUUAUGCUGCUCUCGUGUUCAUGCUCAA